CGCCCCUCGCCCUCGCCCUCCCCCCUCCCCUCCCCUCGCCUUCCUCCAUCCCGCCCUCCCUUCCCUCACUGAUGAAUACCACCGCCAUGCCCGAUCCAGUGCCUCUGGAUCCUGCGGGCGAAAAGGGCUACAAUGGCGAAAUCCACUCCAGCUCGAGCCAAGAGGGAGAGGAAAUCUACAGCGAGCAGCAUGAGGAAAGGUUCCUGACCCGCCUGGGGGUAACGGCGGAGUCGUUCCAGCGUCGCACGGGCGGUGACAAGCACAAUCAGUUGAACAAGACCAUGAAGGCUAGACAUUUGAACAUGAUUGCCAUUGGUGGCUCCAUUGGAGCAGGUCUCUUCGUCGGAUCUGGUGGUGCCUUGAGCACGGGAGGUCCUGCUGCUCUUCUCAUUGGUUUCAGCAUUAUCGGUGUUAUGAUCUUCAACGUCGUACACGCUCUCGGUGAACUCGCAUACCUCUACCCGAUUUCCGGUGGUUUCUACACAUACUCCGUCCGCUUUAUUGAUCCCGCGUGGGGUUUCGCGAUGGGUUGGAAUUACGUAUUUCAAUGGGCGAUUGUAUUGCCUCUGGAAUUAGUGGUUGCAGGACUUACAGUGAAUUACUUUGGAUUAGACGUCAACGUCUCAGUCUGGAUAACGGUUUUCUGGGUAGCCAUCAUCGUCAUCUCCAUCUUCGGUGUGCUGGGUUAUGCGGAAGAGGAGUUCUGGGUGUCGCUGCUGAAGCUCUCCACCGUCAUCAUUUUCAUGAUCAUGGGUGUCAUCUUCACCUGCGGUGGCGGUCCCAGCAAUGGCAAAUUCAGCGAAUACUGGGGAGCUCGCACCUGGUACAACCCUGGUGCCUUUGCAAAUGGAUUCAGAGGCGUGUGCGCCGUUUUCGUGACGGCCGCUUUCUCCUUUUCCGGUACUGAACUGGUCGGUCUCGCAGCAGCAGAGUCUGCAAACCCCCAAAAGGCUCUCCCCAGCGCCAUCAAGCAGGUCUUUUGGCGUAUCACCCUCUUCUACAUCCUCGGUCUCCUCUUCGUCGGUCUUCUAGUGGAACACAACGACGACAGACUUCUCGGCGCCGGUCUGAUUGAUGUUUCCGCCUCUCCCUUCGUAAUCGUCGCCGAAGACGCAGGAAUCCCCGCCUUUGGCACGUUCGUCAACGUCGUCAUUCUCCUCGCCGUCGUCUCCAUCGGUCUCUCUGGAGUUUAUGGAGGCUCGCGUACUCUGACCGCUCUCGCCGAACAGGGCUACGCACCCAAAUGUUUCGCAUACAUUGAUCGUGCGGGCCGUCCUCUCGUCUCCACCAUUACCAUUAUCAUGUUUGGCCCGAUUGCCUACGUGAGCGAAGCUGCUGCCGGUACUGUUGUCUUUGACUGGCUUCUCGCGCUGUCUGGUCUCGCUGCACUGUUUACGUGGGGCAGCAUCUGUCUCGCACAUAUCCGAUUCCGUCAAGCUUGGGCAUAUCACGGCCACUCUCUCGAGGAAUUGCCUUUCCGCGCUGUCUUUGGCGUCUACGGUUCUUGGCUCGGUUUCAUUCUUGUCAUUCUCGUCUUGAUCGCUCAGGCCUACGUCGCCAUCGCCGACGCCGUCGACACAGGAGGUGGCGCAGGAGCCGAAGCCUUCUUCCAAUCCUACCUCGCCUUCUUCGUCGUCAUUCUCUUCUACGCCAUCGGAUGGUUCUGGAAGCGCGAAGGUUGGAGAAAAGUUUCGGAAAUCGAUGUCGAUUCCGGUCGUCGUGAACUCGAUUAUGAGACGUUUCAGGCUCUCAAGGCGAAGCGUGCCGCGUGGCCCGCUUGGAGAAGAGUUGCGGAUAAGUUUUUUUAAAGAGAUUUGUUGUUUUUUCUUUUUUGCGAUAGAGGAGAGAGGGGGAAGGGGGGAGGAAUGGAAGGGGUUGGUUGGUUGGUGGUGGAUAGAAUAUGAUAUGAUAUGAUGAUACCUUGAUACCUUGAUAUGAAGAUGUUUUGAUAUC